UGCUUCUGCUUCAUGACCUAACGCGGUAAGUAAAAUUGUUUAACGUACAAAUUGUUUGUAUUUUUAGAUUAUUAGGCUAUACAAAUACGUACAAUAUUAGCCUAUAUACACCAAACUACAUAGGCUCAACAAUUAGCAAAGUUAUUCAACUGAAUGGAAUCGCAAGAUUGAUGACAAGAAGUGUCAAGACGUAGGCCUACAGCUACAAUAAACAUCUCGGUUUUGACAUACAUGUUGUGAAUAUAUGUUGAUUAUUAUCUAUUUCUGAUUUCCGCCUACAUCUAGUCUGACGAGGUCAUGUGAAAAAAAUUAAAAAAUAAAUAACACUGGACUGUUUUAUUAACGUGGAAUAAUGCUAACUACUUUAAUUACUAUAAAACAAUAGGCAGAUAAUAUUAAUAGGCCUAUAGCCUAGUAUAAUAUUGUAUAACAUGCAGUAGCUUAAAGAUAAUGUCUCUUUCUCAUUAGCGAAAACCACAGGUCACUCAGAGUUGCACUGCUCGCGAUAAUGUUGACAUCAAAAAAAGAAAGAAAGAUCAUUGGUGCCCUCUGCUGGACGUUGAAAGAGAAACUCUCACAAUGUUGUUGUUUUUUCUUUCUCUCUCUCUCGAAGAUUAAAACACUUGCUCACGUGCUAAAUCUGUCCAGUAAAGGCCACUUCAGCCCAUGAGUGUCCCGUAUGUCAGUGGAUAUGUCAGACAACCGCUAUUAAAACUUGUUUAAAAAUCCAUGUAUCGUUGUAGGCAUUGUAACACCGUCAAACCACAAAACCUGAUCAAAUAUCAUCAUUUGUUUUACCACAAACACACCCUCUUAGACUGUGCGUCAGUGGUGGGUUACACAACCACAUAUUCAAAUUAACUUUUAAAUGUUUCUGCACGAAAACGAAACCUAAGCUGCUGAACAUCCCUUCAGCAUAGACUGUGUGACAUCUGAGCUCUGUAUUGCUCCAAAUUAUCCAGAGACAUGAGCAGAAGGAGAGUACACUUCGCAAAUGAUUUCCACAGAGGAAGAGGAAGAAGACAACGAGAUUUUCAAAAGGACAGGUUCAUGCCGCUUCCGUAUAAACGUAUAUACGGGCCAAAAUGGUCACAUGGUAAGCCUAAUUUACAAGCGCAACAGAACCAUAAUCAGCAAGAAUUACCAACAAACAGAGGUUAUGGCUCAAAUGACAAAGUUUUGAAUAUAAUUAUAAAGGAUCUGCAGCCCUUAAGUUCUGUGACAAGACAUUAUCUCACAAGGACUCUACAAUCCUCUUUAGAUGUUCAGUUAAGUGCCUCAUGCAUCCGAAAUGAACUUCAGAACCUUUACAGACACAAGAGGGUGGAAGUCCAGAAUGCAGUCAAUAACGCAAGUAACCUCGCUCUCUCAGCGGAGUUGUGGAGCUCCAGUGAGAAGGUGUUUUACCUGACAGUGUCCUGUCACUUCAUCACCGAAAACUGGAAGCUGACAUCGUAUGUGCUAGAUACAGCCCAUUUACUCACCAAGCAUACAGCAGAGAACGCAGCAGAGCACCUUUUGAGAAUUUCAAACGAGUGGAACGUCACAGAAAAAACUCAGAGUGUGGUCUCAAAUGUUGACGGCAUAAAGAAGGCCCGUAUCAAUGGAGGCAGAUGGACCUAUAUACCUUGUUUUGCUCAUACUUUGGAUAAAGUUUUCAGGGAAACCAUGCAGAUAACCGACUGCGAAUCUCUACUGAGGAAAUGUCAGCAAAUAGUUGCGUUUUUCCACCAAAGUGACAUAGCCUCACACAAUCUCCAGCUGUACUGUGCUUCUCUCAGUCUCAGGCAAAGUGAACUGAUUCAGUCCAGUGGUCUAAAUUGGCUUACUACUCUCCAUAUGCUGAAGAACAUCUUAUUGCAGUGGCCAGCCAUCUUUAACGUUUUUGUCGACAGACGAGUGGAUGAUCUUUGUCUGAGUGAGAAUGAAAGAAAAAUAAUGGAAAACAUUGUGGCAGUGCUGAAUAUUCUAAAGGAGGUCACAGAGGAAGCGGGAAGUCAAGGGUUCAGCCCAAUCUCAAAAAUCAUACCGCUUGUGCAAAAACUGCAGAAAGAGUUGAGAAAACAAUGGAUGGGGGGGAAUGGAAUAGCGAAGAAACUGUCAAAAAUAUGUGACUAUCAUAUUGGCAGCAGCAAGAAAAUCCUUCAAUUUAGAGUUAGCACAGCACUGGACCCGCAAUACAAAACCAGCGUGCUGCAGGAGUCUGGCAUUGAAGAUAUCACCGAAGAAAUCAGGAAACAGAUCAGAGGAUCUGCAGAGCACUGCAGUCGUGACACUGAAAGUCAAGAGUCAGUCUUUCAAAGGUACUGGAAAACAACAAACAUUUCAGCGAACGCUCUUGAAUUCUGGAAGAGCAAUAAAGAGUUUAAAAAACUGGCGACGGUGGCCCGCAAGUACCUCACAGUGGUCUCCACUGCAAUUCCAGUGGAACGUGUGCAUCAGCUGCAGGAAUCACAGCUCGCCAACAGGAGAAACUUUCUGGAGCCAGAGAAUGUCAACAUGAUCCUGUUUCUGAACAGCAACAAAUGAAGAAAACACAUUAUGUACUAUACCUAUACUUUAUGGAAAUGAUGCUCAGCACUGUGCAUUUUUCAAAUACGCUCACAAUUUAAAUGUCAAAAUGUAAAUAUCUGCCACCACAUCCACACCUGUAAAAGUCUUUGAAAUCUGUUUAUUAAUCUAUGAAUUAAAAUGUAAAAAAAAUCUUUACAAAAAAAAUAUUGUUACCAAAUAAUAUAGUAGACUACCUUAAUAAAAAAAAAAAAUAAAUAAAUAAAAAAAAAAAAAACACAGUGAGCAAGACCAACAGAGAGACAAUAGCAAAAAAACAAAAACAAAAACAAACACUUUAACAGAAACGCAACUGAAACUGAAGAAUAAAUAAGGUGAGGCAGGGAAGGUGGAGCUACAUUUAAACCAAGCCAGAAGCAAGAGAUUUUGCUCCUUUCAUAACUGGAUGGUUUUGAUACUCAUUCCAGGGCAUUUUAGGAAGUUGGACAGUUUUCUUUAUUAAAUACUUGCUUACAAACUUGUUGAAUAUGUUGCAAAUUACGUCUUCAUUUGGUUGGUUUGAUUUUCUGUAAGUAAUUACAGGAAAAAUAAGCUGUUAAAUUCUAAGAAUAUCAUAAGUAUACAGUAUAUCUACAAGGAGGACCAGACAGGUUCAAAGAUACAGACCCUAAAUGAAGGAUCAGCACAGGGCGGAAAGAAGUGAGGACAUGAACGGAGAAAAAUACAAUUCUCUAUGGGUUCUCUUUAUGGGCCGUUAACAAAUGAGCAAACUAAAAUCACAAAUUUAAAAUUUGUCUUAAAAUCAAACCAUCUGUAUUUAAAUUUAAAAUAAAACCAUGCAUACUUUUGCUUUCAAAAUCCUGUUAAUGGUUCAUAAUGGUUAGAAUAAUACUAAAUUGUAUUAUGCACAGGUAUAGCACACCAGACGAGUUUGUACUUGUGAGCACAAGUUUAAGGCAAUGUUCUAAAACCAUAAAUCUAUUGACCAUACCAGUUUGUAAAAUGUAAAAGUGUUGUCUAAAAAUGACAGAUCCUGGCAUACACACUUUUUUAUUGCAUUUUGAGCAAAAAUCAU